AUGGAGCAGCAGCGACUCGAGAAAACAACACAACAACAACAAGACCAAGAAAUCGAAGAGAUUCAACACGGUCCUUUACCCGUCGAACAACUUCAGACAUCUGGUAUAGUUGCACUUGAUGUUAAGAAGCUUAAAGAUGCGGGUAUUUGUGCUGUUGAAUCUGUUGCUUAUACUCCUAGGAAGGAUCUUUUGCAAAUCAAAGGUAUCAGUGAAGCCAAGGUUGACAAGAUCAUUGAAGCAGCUUCUAAGCUGGGGCCUAUGGGUUUUACUAGUGCUAGUGAGCUCCAUGCCCAACGAGUAUCGAUUAUUGAGAUAACCACUGGGUCAAGAGGGCUUGACAAGAUAUUAGAAGGUUAG